CAGUGCCUUUACCAGUUUACACUGGUAUUGCAAAAUAUCAUUGAAUUUAGCAUAUAUAUAUGUUUAUUCACUAAGAGUCGUGAUAAAAAGUGGAGAUUGCAGUUAUGAACGUAUGUAAACGUUUACCAAGGCGUAUAUUGAAAGGUAUUAUACAUAUAGCGACAGACCCUGGAAUUCUCAACCGCGUAGCUCCUAUAAGCUAUGUUUUUGCUCUUGUCGGCAUUGCUGGAUGGGGUGUGUGCCGGGCGAUACCGUAUUUAUACAGCGAGUACGAUGCUUGGAUUUCGACAGCUGUCCAAAUUGUUGGAUGUUUUAUCGCUAUUGAGCUGUUUAUCAAUUGGGUAGGCCUUGCAUUUGUUGACUCUAGCUAUGAUCCAGGAAAAUACGGGGCCCCGCCGGUUUUGUUUGACAGAGGAACACAUGUACAACAAAGUGAAGAAAGUUACAAUUUGAAUUUAAGUAGACAAAGAAAAGAUGCAGUGUCUGUCAUGGAUAAUUCAUCAAACUUCGACAUGACAAAAACGCCAUAUGGGAUUGAUAAGUCGGUGAUGGCAUAUUUCACGUGGUCUCAAUGUAUCCCGUGCAACAGGCCGAACCCUCCACGUGCGCAUCAUUGUAUUUUAUGUAAGAAGUGUAUUUUAAAACGGGACCACCAUUGCUAUGUGGCGGCAACUUGUGUGGGAUAUAGAAAUCUUCGUUACUUUUCGACGUUUUUAUUCUAUGCGGUGACAGCAACAAUAUUCGCAUCUGUACAUGCUUUACCGUACGCAUAUUACAAAGUGAUUCCAAACGUACAAUUCUACGAUUUGUUUUAUCCGGUAACAAUUUUACGUGGUAUUUUUGGUUUUGUGAACUAUGUAGACGCACUUCUGAUCAUUUUGGGUUGGAUGUUGUUAAUAUAUCUUAUAUUUAGCAGUUAUUCAUUGUUUCAAGUGUACAAGUGGAUAACUACUGGAAAUACAUCAUUUGAACUAAUAAACAACAUAGAUAUUUACGACUCUAGAGAUUUGUCCGGAAGGAUACGUGCUGUAUUUGGGCGUUAUUGGCUGCUGAAUUUCCUUUUUCCCGCGCAUUUUUUGUUCGAACCUAUUGAUGAUCCAAUAAGAUGGCAGACUUUUAAGAGACGUGGACUCGGUGGGGCUUAUUUUCUGUCUUGAAUUUGUAAUAUAUUUUUUUACGACUUUGCUAUUUUGAUAAUAAAGAUGAUGUAAAUC